AUGAACAAUUUUACAAACAACGGAAACAACAGAACUGAUCCACGCAAUCGCCCAAACGAAGCAGAAAUGAAGCAAGUUGACCCUCAAGAUGCUUCUGGACGCCUCCUUCAAGCUGAGGCAAUUCGUCGGGAGCUUGAUCGCUUGAACAAUCACAGCUACAAUCACUCACACUUGCAGGUAACAGGUAACAGAGCCAUUGCUUUCCCCCAGCAGCAGUUCCUGGGGGGACGACAAGCAGACUCCAGACUUGCAAUGGAACAGGCUCUUUUGGGCGCUCACCAGCGAGGACUAGCGUCCCGUACCUCCUUUUUGGUUGGGGAUCUUCACGCAAGGCAGACAGCACAUGCUGCUGCCGCUGUUGCAUUGCUUGGAAGCAACCGCGUUCCUCCCCCCGCAAGCCAGUUGCUGAUGUAUGGAGGUGACAGUCGCCACCAGCUUCAAGCAGAGAAUCUUUUGAUGGAGCAACAGCGCCAAAAUGUACUGAUUGGAGCUGGUGCCCCGGCAUCGAUAGCGCUCAGCAACGCCAAUGCCUUUUCCAGUGCUAAUCGAUCAAGUGGAACGACCCUUCAGUUCGAAGGUAAUCAGUCCAUUUUUAAUCAAUCAGGGCAAAGCCUAGAAGGAAGGAUUGCCUCUCCUGCGGACCUUUUGAGCGGAGACGUCGGGCUUCGCUCUUCAUCGGCAUUGGCAAGUGAACCCAAGGAAGAAGCAAAGGUUGCAAGGCUGCCGGCUCGUGAGAAUGCGGAUGAAGAUGACGAGGACGGCGAUGUAUCAGACCAAGAUGAGGAUGCCUUGGACGAUGAAGCCUUCUACCGAAAGCGAAACUCUGUUGAGACCGUUGAGGAUCUCCGCUUGCAGAACGAAACAUUCCCGGUCAAGCUCUACCGAAUGCUCUACGAGGUGGAAAAGAACGGGAAGGCCGACAUCGUGUCCUUCCUGCCCCACGGACGCAGCUUUGCCAUCCACAAGCAGAACGAGUUCGCCACGAUCCUUCCAGGGUACUUUGCGACAGACAGAAUGGCUUCUUUCCAGCGCCAGCUAAACCUCUAUGGCUUUCGCAGGAUCACAGAUGGAAAAGACAAAGGGGCCUUUUUCCAUGAGAAGUUCACCCUUGGGAAACGCAGUCUAUGCAAGAAGAUCAAACGAAAGCGAGGGAACCGCAGGUCUUCCUCCAGUCUCCGCCGCGGCUCCCAGGCAUCCUCGUCCUCGACUUCCAUGGCAUCCCAGCAAGGUCAACAUCAGCAUGGUUCUCCUUCAAGCCGCAUGUCGACCAGUGCUUGGGGGAGGUCGAUUGCCGCUGGCCAAGGAACAGUCGGAAGCUCUCUGUCGCUGACCGGCCCCAGCCAACACAAUCGUAUGAUGGGCCCCGCUGGCCUUGUUGCAGGAUCCGAUCUGCUUGGCCUCCCCACCAUGGGUGCAGUUAACGGUCCUCGUGGAUUGAAUCUUCCAUUGUCUUCCUCCUCACCCUCUCUGUUACAGCAGCAGCAACAGCAACAGCAGAUGCAACAGCGAUUGAGAGCGCAUCAAGAACUGGAACAUAGACUGAUGCUAGAACGGGAACGCGCUCGAAGAGGAGGGCCUCCACAUGGCCACUGA